AACAGGUUUAUAAUUUGACUUCCGUUUUAUAUGUACUUCCGUUACACAUGGUCAGGAAAAUUCAGGGCACACGCUUAACCAAGAAAAUGAUUUAAACUCACCGAAUAUUUGAAUUAAAUAUUAAACUUUGUUAUUAGGAACUUACAAAAUGACGACCAAAUUAUAUGUUCUUUUUGAACAUGCCGCGGGGUAUGGAGUGUUUUACAUCAAGGAAUUUGAGGAAAUAGGAAUGCUUUUACCACAGGUAGAAUCGUCAGUCACAGAUUUAUCUCGUUUUAAUCAAAUUGUUAAAUUGAUUGGCUUCUCUCCAUUUAAAACUGCUUUGACUGCAUUGGAAAAUGUAAAUAGCAUUUCCGAAGGAAUUGUUCCUGACGAUUUGAAACUUUUUUUGGAUUCAUGCAUUCCAAAACCGGGUAAAAAGGAGAAAAUUAUUCUUGGAGUUGGUGAUUCUCGAUUAGGAGCCAGUAUUACUGAAGCUCUUGAUAUUAAAUGUGAUCACACGGGAGCCGUUCCUGAAAUAAUUCGAGGAAUUCGCUUUCAUUUUCACAAUCUUGUCAAAGGAUUUACCUUAAAAACAUCUGGUGUCGCGCAACUCGGUCUUGGACACAGUUAUUCCCGGGCAAAAGUUAAAUUCAAUGUUAAUCGUGUCGAUAAUAUGAUUAUUCAGAGUAUCGCUCUGCUUGAUCAAUUGGACAAGGACGUUAAUACCUUCAGCAUGCGAAUCAGAGAAUGGUACAGCUAUCAUUUCCCAGAGCUUGUGAAAAUUGUUCCAGAGAAUUAUAUGUACGCAAAAGUUGCUCAAUUUAUUAAAAAUCGAAAGGAAUUGUCAGAUGAAAAACUUGAGGGUCUUGAGGAGAUUGUCAUGGAUAGUGGAAAAGCACAAGCAAUUAUUGACGCUUCAAAAUCAUCAAUGGGAAUGGAUAUAAGUCCAAUUGAUUUAAUGAACAUUGAAAUGUUUGCAGGACGUGUUGUGGCAUUGGCUGACUAUAGGAAACAAUUGGCUGAAUAUUUACGUUCAAAAAUGAGCAGUGUCGCUCCAAAUCUCGCGUCAUUAAUUGGUGAUCAAGUUGGAGCACGUUUAAUUGCUCACGCUGGUUCUUUAACUAAUUUAGCUAAAUAUCCCGCGUCAACGGUACAAAUUUUAGGUGCUGAGAAAGCACUAUUUCGUGCUUUAAAAACAAAGGGUAAUACACCUAAAUAUGGUCUGUUAUUUCAUUCGACAUUUAUUGGUCGCGCUGGAACAAAGAAUAAAGGUAGAAUUUCCAGGUACCUUGCAAAUAAAUGUUCCAUUGCGUCGAGAAUUGAUUGUUUCACAGAUAUUCCUAGUACAAUAUUCGGUGAAAAAUUGCGUCAACAAGUUGAGGAUCGAUUGAAAUUUUACGAGACUGGCGAUGUGCCUAAGAAAAAUAUAGAUGUUAUGCAAGAGGCAAUUGAAGAGGCAGCGCAAGCUGUUGUUGUUGAUGAAGAUGAGUCGCCAAAAAAGAAAAAGAAGAAGGAUAAGAAAAGAAAACGUGAGGAAACAGAGCAUAAUGGUGUAAAUGGUUUCUCAAAAGAGGAAGAAUCAGUUGAGGAGGAACAACCAAAAAAGAAAAAGAAGAAAAAGAAAUCUAAAAGCAUUGGAGAAAAUGGAGAUUCAUCGAUUCUCAAUUCUACAGAUUAAUUAUUUUGAUUGAAUUUUACAUUUUUAAAAAGAAUUUGUUUUUUAUGACAAAGUCUAAUGUAAAAAAAAAAGAAAAAAAAUUGCAAUGUUUUUGUUUUGCAAAUUCAAUGAGAAAUCCAGUUUAAAGUAAUUUAAAAAAAAAGCAGUAUCAAAUCUCAAAACUUGUAAAUAUUACAUUGACGCAUUAAAUUUCGUUGAUUCAGAUCAAUUUAAUUAAACUGUAAAUGAUAGGUGAGCGCAUUUAUUAUUUUUUUUUAAAAUGUUAUUUUAUAUAAAAUGAUAAAACUAUCUAGAGAGUAAAGUCUUAUCGACGAUUUGUUUGUUACAAACUUUUCAGAGAUUUUACUUGUCCGACAUUUAUGACAAUUUAAUUAACAACGGUUAUUGCAAAUAUAUCGCAUUUUCGCAGUUAACAAAAGUUAACUUGAACAUAAAAAAAUGAAAUUAUGUUUAACAUAUUUUUUUUCAACAAAUAAAUCGGGAUAUUUUGUAUGAGAACGUAAUACAUUCUUAUAUAUUUUUACUGAAUGUAUGAUUGACAAAAAAAUAAAUAAAUAAUUAAAAGUAAAAA